UGUGAUGAUUGUUCAUGUUAUGAUGGAGUCUCCUGCACUGAUAAUGUGAGUCCAUUGUCUGGUGUGACAUGUGGGGCUUGUCCUGCUGGUCUAUUCAAAGGAGAUGAGAAAUGCAUUGAUAAUUCAACUAGUAUCAAUGAUUAUAGUAUUACUACCUCUGCAACUUCAGUUACUUCUAAUGCUGCUACAGCUGCAGUUACUUCUAAUGCUGCUACAACUUCAGUUACUUCUAAUGCUGCUACAGCUACAGUUACUUCUAAUGCUGCUACAACUUCAGUUACUUCUAAUGCUGCUACAGCUGCAGUUACUUCUAAUGCUGCUACAACUUCAGUUACUUCUAAUGUUGCUACAGCUACAGUUACUUCUAAUGCAGCUACAGCUACAGUUACUUCUAAUGCUGCUACAACUUCAGUUACUUCUAAUGCUGCUACAGCUACAGUUACUUCUAAUGCCGCUACAACUUCAGUUACUUCUGAUGCUGCUACAGUUGCAGUUACUUCUAAUGCUGCUACAGCUGCAGUUACUUCUAAUGCUGCUACAGCUACAGUUACUUCUAAUGCUGCUACAACUUCAGUUACUUCUAAUGCUGCUACAGCUGCAGUUACUUCUAAUGCUGCUACAGCUACAGUUACUUCUAAUGCCGCUACAGCUUUAACUGCUUCUAAUACGAUUACAACUUCAAUUACUUCUAAUGCUGCUACAGCUACAGUUACUUCUAAUGCUGCUACAGCUACAGUUACUUCUAAUGCUGCUACAACUUCAGUUACUUCUAAUGCUGCUACAGCUACAUUUACUUCUAAUGCUGCUACAGCUACAGUUACUUCUGAUGCUGCUACAGCUACAGUUACUUCUAAUGCUGCUACAGCUGCAGUUACUUCUGAUGCUGCUACAACUUCAGUUACUUCUAAUGCUGCUACAGCUACAGUUACUUCUCAUGCCGCUACAACUUCAGUUACUUCUAAUGCU